UCCACGUUGCUUCCUUCCUUCCCUUGUCCAUCUCCCACCUUCUCCCCCGUCUCAUCUCCAUCACUCCCCCACCUUUAUCUUUUUCUUCUUUUCUUUUCCCUUCCCUUCACCGGUCUCUCGCUCCUCCUCUCCUCUUUUCAUGGUUUCUAUUAUUGUUAGCAUACUACAAUCACUAAAUUCAGCUUCAGCUACUCCCCAGCUCCACUAAAGCACCAAAAAGGAAGAGAAAAAAUGGCUGAGAACGGCGAAGAGAAGCUCAUCGCCAUGGCUCGCCACAUUGCCAAGACCCUUGGCCACAACGAGUCCACUGCGGAUGAUAUCCUCCAGAUCUUCUCCAAUUUCGAUGGCCGCUUUUCCCGCGAGAAUCUCUCCGACCACAUCGCCGCCGCUGUUCCAGGCACCGAUUCCAGGGCUCUCGACCACGCCAUCAAAUCCCUCGACCGCCAGAUCUCUCAGUACGUCGUCGCUGACCAGCCCAUCUGGUCCGACUCCGCCGACUCCGCCGCCUUCCUCGACACAAUCGACGAGCUCACCGCCACGAUUCGUGAUUGGACCCCGAUGGCCGCCGCUGAUAAGGCCGUCGGCGCCUCCCUCGCACGCGCCGAGGACUUGAUUCAGCAGGCCGUCUUCCGCCUCGAGGACGAGUUCCGGAUGUUGAUGGAGCGCGGCGGGGAGUCCUUCGAGCUCAACCGACGUCGCCGCCGUGACGGAGAAUCCCCUGCUGGUAAUCAUUGGUUUGACUCCGACGAGGAGGAGGAGGAUGAGGAUGAAGACGAGGAAGAGGAAGAAGUGGUUGUUCCUUCGGCUAACGGUGAGUACCACGAUUAUAUACCAGUCGCGCAGCCGCUCACGGACUACGACGUUGUGAUCGAUGCGCUUCCCUCCGGAACGAUCAACGAUCUCCACGAGAUUGCUAAGCGGAUGGUGGCGGCGGGGUUCGGGAAGGAGUGCUCCCACGUUUACAGUAGCUGCCGUAGGGACUUCCUCGAAGAGAGCGUUUCUAGGUUAGGGUUACAGCAGAAGCUGAGCAGCGAGGAGGUCCAGAAGAUGCCGUGGCAAGAUCUGGAGGACGAGAUCGAGAAGUGGAUCAAAGCGGCGAAUGUCCUGCUUCGGAUCCUCUUCCCCAGCGAGCGCCGCCUCUGCGACCGCGUCUUCUUCGGCUUAUCCUCCGCCGCCGAUUUGUCCUUUAUGGAGGUAUGUCGUGGAUCGACGAUCCAGAUCUUGAACUUUGCCGACGCGGUGGCUAUCGGUAGCAGGUCGCCCGAGCGGCUGUUCAAGAUUCUGGAUUUGUUCGAGACGCUGAGGGAUUUGAUCCCCGAGUUUGAAUGCAAUUUCUCUGAUCAGUACUGCUUGGUUCUUAGAAACGAGGCAGUCGCCAUUUGGAAUAGGCUGAGGGAAGCUAUUAGGGGGAUGUUUAUGGAAUUAGAGAAUUUAAUCCGUCGAGACCCUGCUAAGGAUCCAGUCCCUGGUGGCGGGCUUCAUCCCAUCACGAGGUAUGUGAUGAAUUAUCUGCUUGCUGCCUGUCGAUCGAGAGAGACACUGGAGCAGGUGUUUGAGGACAGUGUUAAUGGUGGGCUGGGAGCCAAGGAUUCCUCAGCAUCUCCAUUGUCAGUUCAGAUGGCGUGGAUUAUGGAGCUUCUAGAGAGCAAUCUAGAGCAGAAGGCCAAGAUCUAUGGCGACCCUGCAUUGUGCGCUGUGUUUAUGAUGAACAAUGAGAAGUACAUUGUGAAGAAGGUGAAGGACAUUGACCCGAAGAACAGCCAAUUGAGUGCCCUCUUAGGUGACGAUUGGAUUAGGAAACACACUGCUAAAGUCAAACAGUACCAUUUGAACUACCAGAGAAGCUCCUGGAAUAAGAUUCUGGGAGUUUUGAAGGCCGAUAAUAGUAGCCCAGCGGCAACUGCAAAUGCUGGAGGAAAGCCUAUGUCUGCAAAGGAGAAGAUUAAGCUAUUCAACUCCCAAUUCGAGGAGGUUUAUAAAACUCAAUCUCAGUGGGUUGUCUUUGACGAACAACUGAGAAAGGAUAUAAGGACCUCGUUAACUAACCUUCUAUUGCCAGCUUAUGGGAAUUUUAUUGGGAGAUUCCAGAAUUCCCCUGAAGCGGGGAGAAAUGUGGACAAGUACAUCAAGUACAGCUUGGAAGAUGUCGAGUCUCGGAUUAAUCGGCUGUUCCAGGGAGGUAGUGGAUCUGCAGGAGGUGGGAGGAAGUGAAGGUAAGCUUUCAACUCAUGCAUUUUGAUUUAAUAGACUAGGACAGUGAUUCGGUUUUGCUUGUUUGGUUGUUUUAUUGCUGGAGCUUUAGUUGCAUUUAUCUGUGUACCCAAUUGGGCUGUGUCCAUUAGGAAUCUUAAUUUUAUCGAUUGGUUUGUUGGUUUGGUGAUAAGAUACUUGCAUAUUUCCAUGAUCACAUGUUUAGUUCUACAUCCCGUACCUAGAUUUUGCUGUCUGGCCAGGCAAGAAUUUGUAUCUGUCCCUUUGUGAAUCUAAUUUCUUUUGGUUUCAUCACCAGGAACUCUCACAAAUGGUAUGGCAAGUUAGUUAUUCCCCACAGCAAGUGUAAAGGAGAAUUGAUGCAGGAGGAGCACCAGUUGUUGGUAGCAGCAGUUCACAACGUGGUGCGGUGAGUGAUGCAACGCUCUCGAUAGUAGCCUCCUCGUCGCUUAAAGCGCACACAUGAUGCUGCCUCAUGAGUCCGUGAACAGGCAAGUUGGUCCAGAUGCUGUACAUGUGUGAAUAGAAAGUUGUCUGGAGGAUGAUCAAGGGUUUUGAGCCCAAGAGAAAGCUUCUUCUAUUGCACUUGUUAGUUCCUCCAAUUUUUGUACUCUGCUAGUCAAAUGUUGCCAUGUUGGUCUGUUGAUUCAUGGAAGGAAAGGUACUGCUUGGGAAAGUGAUGCAAUGACACAGGACCCUUGUUACCUCAUGGUGAUAUGCUUGCAUUGCAUGGGCAGAGUUUUGCACGUUCAGUUCCCUGUUUUGUUCGAAUGAAGAAAGACGAUUAGUUGCAGUUUAAGGCUGUUGUGGGCAGUAACGUACUAAUAUGAAUAUCUUGCAUAUGUUCAAGAUUUAGCUUUAAUAAACCGUUGACAAUUUAAUUUAUUUGAAAAUGUGUAGAAUUCAUUCAUUUGAAUUCUUAUGUCAUGUUUAAAUAUUUAGAAACGAAAUAAAUUAAAUUCUCAAAU